CUCACUCCCCUCGCCCGCAAAGUUUGUGGCGAAGCCGGCGCCCGGGCAGAGCGCGCCCCCGGGGGGAGAUCGAGGAGCGCCCGAUGCGGGGAGGCAGGAGCCGUUGACCCGGACGUCGCCGUCCGGGGCAGAAGCACUGAGCAGCGACAAGCCCGCCGCCUCCGGUGCAUGGGGCCCGGCUGAAGAGCCAGCAUGGGCAACUGCGUGGGGAGACAGCGCCGGGAGAGGCCGGCCGCCCCAGGACACCCCCGCAAGCGAGCAGGGCGCAAUGAGCCCCUGAAGAAGGAGCGGCUGAAGUGGAAGAGUGACUACCCCAUGACUGACGGGCAGCUGCGGAGCAAACGGGAUGAGUUCUGGGACACAGCACCUGCCUUUGAGGGCCGCAAGGAGAUCUGGGACGCCCUCAAGGCCGCCGCCUAUGCAGCCGAGGCCAACGACCAUGAGCUGGCUCAGGCCAUCCUGGACGGAGCCAGCAUCACCCUGCCUCAUGGCACCCUCUGUGAAUGCUAUGAUGAGCUGGGCAAUCGCUACCAGCUGCCCAUCUACUGCCUGUCGCCGCCCGUGAACCUGCUGCUGGAGCACACGGAGGAGGAGAGCCUGGAGCCGCCUGAGCCCACGCCCGGGGUGCGCCGCGAGUUCCCCCUGAAGGUGCGCCUCUCCACGGGCAAGGACGUGAGGCUCAGCGCCAGCCUGCCCGACACGGUGGGGCAGCUGAAGAGGCAACUGCACACCCAGGAGGGCAUCGAGCCGUCCUGGCAGCGGUGGUUCUUCUCCGGGAAGCUGCUCACAGACCGCACGCGACUCCAGGAAACCAAGAUCCAGAAAGAUUUUGUCAUCCAGGUCAUCAUCAACCAGCCCCCGCCGCCCCAGGACUGAGGAGCCCGCGGACCCCUGGGAAGAGAGGCCGUGGAGGCUUCUUCGGGGUGAAGAGACCCCCCCCCCGGCUGAGCACUGGGUGCCCCCACCCUGCCUCCACGUGGUGUCGCUUUCUUCAGGGGUGCCUCCGACCGCGUGGCUGCUGGGCCAGCCGUGAAGGGGCCCUGCCUCCCAGGCGCCGGCCCCCGGGGCCCCUGGUGCCCCGCACCCAGGAAGCAGUGCUGCCACACACAGGCUUUGCCAGCCUUGGAGAAAAGGCGAACGGGGGCCUUCCACCCUGCCUCUCUCCUGCAGCAGGUUCGAGCCACGAGCGCCAGCCCAGAGGCCCCUGGAGCCCAGAUCUGUCCUCUGGUGCUGCCGCCUGUGCUCACUCCGGUUUUCUGCUCAGGGUCUGAAGCAGCUGCUGUCCCCUUCCCCUGCCCCCACUCCCUGACUCUGCCCUGGGCCCAGUGCUGGUCCCCUGGAGGGGAGGGGAUGGCCCGUGAGCCCCAGGGGCAUGGAGCCUGAGGCCGGCCUCUGCCUCUCCCUGCCCCCCAGCACAAUUGGCAGAGGUGGAGCUGGGCGGGUGGCUGGACGGCUGUGCUGUUGAGGCAGGGGUCUGCACGGGGCCAUCUCCUGGCUGUAACCCAAGCGGUGGGGGGGGUCUGCAGCCUGGCCAUGGCCCACCACAGGUCCCUGUGUACAGACAUAUCUGCAUAUUUAUCAAUAAAGCCUUUUGCUCCUU